AUGGACAAUGCAGUCGUGAUGGAGGAAGAAGCUGCCAAUAAUGACCAUCCUGACGCUGGGAGGAGGCGCUUUGCACCACCAGGAGACGAGGCUACUUGGCAUAUGCCAACAGAUAAUGAAAGGUAUCGCCCAUACAUUACUUCCUUGAUGAAUUUUUUUCAUGAUCCAGAUCCCCCCUACACCAAGGACACUGUAUUCACACGGUUACAACUAUUGGGGAUAAAUCCAACUGUUAUCAAACGCUGGUUGGUGAAUAAAGCAUACGGAAAGGAGGAAUAUGACCAAAAGCGUGAUGUUCCACAAGGAGCUAGAGCGUCUUCGCUUGAGAUGAUGAAAAAGGCUGUCAGCUACUUCAUGCCAAACAGAGCUGUUGCAUGGGUGAAUGAAGCUGACAAUCCGACAAGGCAUUCAAGUGUUCACGAGGUGAUUGCAGAUGUGAAGAAGGCUGAAGCAAGACACCAAGGCAGGUCUUCACAAGCAACACGACCAUUGAGAGAAGCCAAAUUCCGGAAAAGUCUUGAGAUGCUGAAAAGAAAAAGCGAUUGGAAUUCUCAAUAUAAAUAUUCCAUUAUGUCCCUUUGGCAGUUUACUAUUAUUGCCCGAACCGACAACAUCGUGCACUUUGAGGUCACUCACCCACGAGGCAAUCCCAAAUUCCCUUUUACACUUAAAUUAAAGGUAUUCUGGUCCAAAAAUAUUAAUGAGGAACGCCAGUGCCCAGAUCAGAUCCUCUUGGGGUCCAUGGAUGAUGACAUCUGCAUCCUGAUUAACUUAUCAAUCUAUUUGGAGUUGUACCUGGAACAGUUCCCACAAGCGGUUUUAUUGUUCACAGAGGAUCUAGAAUUGGCGAAUGAUGCAGCAACAGAACGUCUGAAAGCUAGAUAUCGGAGUGCUUUGACGAGCACCUGGAACACAGCUGAAUUCAAAUCAGUUAUUGAUGAGUCAGACUAUGGUCUCAAGAUCGGAACUCACAGCCAGCGGAAGCUCCCGGCAACCUAUGCAUCAAACAAAGGUUUGAAGUACAAACUCAAAGAAGGUGUGGAACUACCAGUUGAAUGGCUCUACGAGAAUGUUAUUCCUAACAUCAGGGCCAAAUUUCCGCGGGAUAAUCGUCUUUGUCGUGUUUUGGCCUUGACGCUGCUGUAUGCUUGCAUGCACGAAGACAUCCUGGUGCCGCCUGGUAUUAAGAGUCGUGUUCGAACUGCCUAUGGCGAACUGAAUCAGGAUACACAACAACCAGUCGAGAAAGUGCCCUUAUUUGUGCAUAGGAGGGAUGACCAGUUGAUGAUUGAUGAAGCCAUUAUUAUAGACGGUGAUGGGAGCACUGGUGCUGGUGGAGGUGUGGUGGCAGGGAACUCGACUUAUGACUUGUUGCAAAGCAUCAAGAUAAAUAUCCAGCAACUACAACAGCAAUUGAACAAUGUUGCUGCUCGAUCUGAUACAAAUUUUUCAGAUUUGAGAGCCUACAUCCAGCAUCGCGAUCGAAUUCUAAACAACAAUAUUUGUGCUUUUGGCGGAACAAUUGAAGGUGGCUUGCAAAUCCAACAAGCAAAUGCUGGUCGCAGACUACUGCCGCUUGCAGCAAGAGGAGCAAAUGUGGAUGUGGGUCCCGUCAAAGCUGCGAACAUGGCUAUUCUAUCGGGUAAUCCCAGGUCAUUAUACAAACUCUGGCGGGAGUAUCAGCAUGGGAUUGCUGGUCGGAAGCCUGCACGUUAUUUCACGGCGACAGAACAAAACUGUUCUCGUCAAAUGAAGCAAAAGUUCUAUCGUAGGAAGCAAGUCUGGGAUACAAUUUCACGACUGGUUGCAAAUGGGCACACUGUUCAAUCCGCGAUUGAACGAAUUAAGCAGGUGUAUGGCCAGAAUGUCUCAGUCACCAGGAUAAUGGAUGGAAUCAUACGAGACAAACGGCAAUAUGGUGGACCUCAUCCAAAUCUAGUGUAA